GAUUGUGUUCCCAACGAGGCGACGGAAGAAAAACGUGAGCUGACGUCAUCGAUCAUCAGAGAAACUGGCCGCUUUGAUCUSCUGCUUCUGCAACAAUAAUACAAAUCAUGAGGAUUUUUGGUUUAUGAUAUGGGAUGCAGUGAAUGAACUUUCUGCUGUAUUUGGACAUGGUUGCAUAGCAACGGUGGCCAGGUGUAGGUUUACCUGUAAGCUGAGCAGGACCACUUAUUGUUGGUUUCAGUGAAACAACCAGAGACCAACAGAAGCUGAACUGAGACCUGCAGACCUCAGCAGGAAGAGGAGCAGAAGUGAAAUCAGAGGUGAAGAUGGCUUUAGCCAGCGGCCACUGGCUGGAGAAAGAAAUCAGAGGAGAACCUCCGAGUCCCAGACAUGGUCACGCUGUAGCUGUGGCUGGAAGCGUCGCCUUUCUGUUCGGAGGAGCGAGUAGCAUCAGGCCAGAGGUCGGUCCUGUUUACUUCUCUGACUUCUACAUGCUAACAGUGACUCCUGAUGAUGUGACCUGGGAGGAGAUUCCUCAGAGCGGAGAAAUCCCGUCGGCCAGAGAAGGACACACACUCUGCGUCGUCAGAGGGAAGCUGUAUCUGUUCGGAGGAUCCUCCAGUCCUGAAGCCUCUGAAUGCCUCCCAGGCGUCUUCAGCUUCGAUGUUGUGUCCUUGGCAUGGGAAUGCCUGCCAGCCGGCGGCGUGGCUCCCAGGGUUCUCCAUUACGGCUCUGCUGCCGCUGGAGACAACAUCUACGUGUACGGAGGGCGGCUGGAGGGCGAGCCAACCGACGACCUCCUGGUGUUCAACACAGUGUCUGUCACCUGGACUCCAGUGAAAACCAGCGGAUCGCUUCCUCCUGCCCUAUGGGGGCAGAGUUUCGCUCAGGCUGGAGAUCAGCUCUUCAUGUUUGGAGGUUACGGAGCAGGAGGAACGUUUUGUAAGGACCUUUACGCUCUGAACACAGAGAAGCUGCAGUGGCAGAAAUGGGAGGUGAAGGGAGAAUCUCCUCCAGCCUGUAGUGGACAGACACUGACUGCACACCAUGACAAGGACAUCUAUCUGUUCGGAGGACAAAUCUCCAAUAAGGAUUCGACAGCAACAUCGUCCAAUGAAAUCCAUAAACUCAGUAUUGCCAAGAUGAAGUGGAAGGUUCCUCUGUAUGUUGGGCUUCCUCCGGCCCGUCGGCACGGCCACGCUGCCUUCAUCCUGCACAGUCACCUGUAUGUGUUGGGAGGGAAGAAUGAAGAGCAGGAUUUUAACGACUUGAAGGUGAUGAAGCUGAUCAACCCAUCAGAGAGACAACCAGGUGGAGCUGAUCGUCGCGCUCCACCAGAGUCUCAUCUCUCAGUUCUAAAAACGUUCUUUCACUCUGGUUUUUACCAACAACAGCUUCACUCCCACUAAGGUUCCCAACAUUCGCUACAAGCUGAGCAACGCGGCUCUGUCCACCCAGCCCAGAACAGCAGCAGCAGCUAAUGUACAGGUGGAAAACAC